UUCCACUAUCUCGGCCACUUCCCAUCUCGGUGCCCGGACCUGGACAUACCGAAUCUGGGGGAAACAAUUCGUGCUCAAGGGCAAUUCCCCCAUCCUUCCCCGCCUACGUGAUCUGCACCUUUAAACUCACUUGGUUCCAAACGGGACCCUGGAGGCACCACCCACAUCCGUCUAACAUCACUUCCUUCAGGCCUUGGAAAAAAAAUUCUGGGAACGCGAGGGGUGAUUGACCACGCUCGGAGAACAGUACGGACUUUCUGCUAGGGCUCCAACCCUUCGUCUCUCAGCCGGGUGGCCCCGCGUACCUACCGUUAUGGAGCUACGGCCUCGUUUCGGGGCCACCUGUUCGCAUAUCGCUUUGGGCUUCUGUUUCCUGCUGCUCGCCACCUCUACUGAUGGACACAUUGGCCUUGGAAAGGGUUUUGGAGAUCACAUUCAUUGGAGGACACUAGAAGACGGGAAGAAAGAAGCAGCUGCCAGUGGAUUGCCCCUGAUGGUGAUUAUCCAUAAAUCCUGGUGUGGAGCUUGUAAAGCUUUAAAGCCCAAAUUUGCAGAAUCUACAGAAAUUUCAGAACUUUCCCAUAAUUUUGUUAUGGUAAAUCUUGAGGAUGAAGAGGAGCCCAAGGAUGAAGAUUUCAGCCCUGAUGGGGGUUACAUUCCACGAAUCCUUUUUUUGGAUCCCAGUGGCAAGGUACGUCCUGAAAUCAUCAAUGAAAAUGGAAACCCCAGCUACAAGUAUUUCUACAUCAAUGCUGAGCAAGUUGUUCAGGGAAUGAAGGAUGCCCAGGAAAGGCUGACGGGUGAUGCCUUCAGACAAAAGCAUCUUGAAGAUGAGUUGUAAUACGGAUAUAUUCCUUCUUUCAUCCAAGUUUUUGGGUUCUGGAAGGAAAGCAGCAGUGAAGGGAAUAUUGAAGAAUCACACAAAAUCAUUGAAACGACCAAUACACCUUGCUUCUGCACUGGAAGGAGUUCUCUCACGGACUUCCUGCCCCCCUCACCUAAAUGUUGAUGUCAUUGAAUGUAAAGAAUGAACCCUUUCGACCAAAACUUUAAGAGCCACUUGGAGGUCUACUACUCACAUUUAAGUAUUUGAAUCUUUUUUCCAUUUCCUCCUGCUUUAUUCACCUUGGUGGUGAAAACAGACUAGUAGCCUCUUUUCUAAAAUGUUAAAAUUGCUGAAGUAGCUUAUCAAUUAAAAAAAAAAAAAAAAUCCUAAAUGUGAAUCAGUAGUUCUAGCCUCUCCUGAGGAUACCACCUGUUUUUUUUUCUUUUACUC